CCGGGACUCGAACAAAGUUGAAGCCGACGUCGGCCCAGAGCAGUUCAAACUGUAGAUAGCAGACUGUGCUUCUAUAUCUGUGUAUGUGCGUGCGUGAGAGAGAGGGAGAGUUCGGAAGCACAAGGAGAGCAAAAUUGUUCGCUACGAACAACAGGAAGCGCGAAAACACGUUUUGUUGCAUAGUAAUAUAUUUCAAUGACAAUGGCCUAAGGCUCCCAAUAGGAGAAGUUUAUGGGAUCUUUGCAGAUGUGUGUAGGAGCAUGAGAACGAACGUGAUCUCAAAUGCACCUCAGAGUGGGGCAGAAAGCUUGUGCGUGAUCUCUGCUGUCCAAUCUGGGCCACGGUUAUUAUGAAUUGCACACCCCCUCCCCUUAAAUUUAUAGAGAUUUUCUAUCUUUACGUUUUAGAAAUAUUGUCAAAGCAAUGCUGGUGUUUGAGUUUCAAUUGGGAACUUAGCAACAGCUGGACUUUCAGAAAUCACCACCAACCAGGAGGUGAAAGUACUCAUUGUUGGGUAUUGGUCGCUCUUCACUCCAUGUGAACGGUACCAGCUCCGAGAACUAUAAUUAGAAUACUGGAACUAGCAUUAAAAAACCUCUUGGUACUUGUUUGCUUUCAUUCUCUAGUUCCAGUUUUUUUAAAAUCGUACAUGAUUAACUCUUCCACCCACUCCUAAUUUCCGUACCCCACAGCCCCUGUCCCCUGCCAAUAGGAUGGGGUUAAAUUGCUCAGCGACAUUGCCCUGUGGGGAAGGGGGACUGCUGAGUCUCUACCUUCAGGUGCUGGGAUUACAGAGAUAGGGAGGGCUCUUUGGUGAAGUUACACAGUUGUGACCUCACACGUUGACACUGGGAAAGGCCAGAAAUUGGGCAAAUCACCAUUUCCUCGCUCCAUCGGCCCUCAGCCUUAUUCCCUCUCCUUCCCUUGCUGUUAUACCAACGCCGCCCCCCACCCCCUUCUCAGCUUCAUUCAUUCAGGCAGCCUGACAAGUGUAGGACAGUCAGAAGAAUAAUGAAAUGACCAGUUUGUGCUCAUUUUCCAAUAGAUAAUGACAAGUUGAGAAGAGCCGCUGUUUUUAAAACAAGAGCUCCCCGUCCGCCAGAACGAUUUUCGAACCGAUCCGAGCCAUUCUAGUCCGUAAAUAUUUUCAUCCUGUAUAAUUUAUUUAUCAAUUCCCGCAUAUCCCAGAGAAUGCUCGUCAAUGUGGAGACCAUUGCAUUUUCGAUUGUGGAAGGAGACGUGCGCGCACGUUAACUUCUUUAAGCUCGUAGUUCUAACGUUGUGACAUUAACUGUAGCUUGUUAAUUAACAAUGAUCACGAUCGUCGUUUUGCUAAAAUGACUGGAGGAAGUACUUUCCAAAUUCUUAAAACAUUAUUGUUCUUUUUUAAAAAAGUCUGUCCUUCUGGUCCACUGUGCCAUGGAACUCUCAGUUCCCUCAUAAAUAGAGAUACAAAGUGGCUUUGUACAUUAAAAGAAGCACCUGGUUUAUGUGAGUCUGUACUACCUGGACGCCUACUGACAGAGUAAAUUCGCGCCUAGUUAGAUUUAAGAUUCGAACUGAUUUCACAGAUUUAAAAAUAAAAUUAAUAGAUUUGAUCGCGUGUCUUUAAGGAUUAGCACGGCGUAUUCAUGUUUUUCACUGUAGGUCGAGCAGGGAGAAGCUAUAUCGCAUUUUGGGAAUUCUCCCGGGUAUAAAAGGGGACCUACAAAUGCCAGACUAAAUUCCGAAAAUAGAGAGAAGCUGCCGGGACUUUCCUAUAACUCUUCAAUGCAUCUGCCUCGCUGUUUUACAGCUGGUUUCAGGAUUGCAUUACAUUACAAUAUUUCCCACAGAAGAGAGAGCGAAAAAAAAGUUGACUGAAGUUUAAAACACUCUGGAGAACGCGCCUUGCAAUCUAUUCACCGUCUGGGCUCUCCUCUUUUACAGAAACUGAAAGCAUUUAAUCUUGUAACUGCGGGGUACAGCUCGGUGUCAUUUCCCGAUUUAGUUGGUGCAAACGUACGGUUAGAGGAAUCGGUGAUGAUGGGUGAUUUGUCAAAGUUAUGGGGAUUAAACUGCGAAGCAAUUUGCCUAGUCCGUGUAAUGACGCCGCUAACGUUAGAGGUUGUAUUAAACAAGCCGACCUGGUGUACUACAGUCAGCAAACUAAGGCAGAACUAGAGUGUGGUUUCUGGUUAGUGACUAGACCGCUGAGACUAGCGAUAGGAGGCUGACACAAGUGGGUUUCUGGGCUACCACUUCAAAACGCGAGUAAAAGCAACAAACGCGCACACAUCAGAAAACGAGAAAACACUUCAUACCACCUUCCUGGGAAUUUGGGAGAUAUAUUCAGUGUGUUACACCUAAUUCGGUCACCGGCCGUGUAACGUUAGAUAACUUUGGAUCACAUUUGUUUCAGGCCUACGAAUAAAAUGACACUUCAGUUGCACCAAGCUUCCCACCCACUUAGCCGCUUCCACCUCCAGCAUGUUACCCUCCCCACCCCCACCGUAGGGCUGCCAUGUGCAGUCAGUAAAAUCAUGCCUGACCUAAAUUGUCAUGACUUUUUUUAUGGAGAGUGGUGGAGCUGGGGGUUGACGUUCAGACGGUGUUUUAUGAGAAGUUUGAUACACUGAUAAUUACCACAAGUUGCAGACGAUGAGGACCUUAGCCUUGGGCUUGGCCGAGGAAUUGCACAGAAGUGUUGCCUAUUCGACUGAAAUGGGAAGUAAGACUUUGCCCGCUCCUAUCCCCCUGCAUCCACCGCUACAGCUGACAAACUAUUCGUUCCUGAGGGCGGUGAACACUUUCCCAUCGGCCGUGGACCAGCUGCAGGGUUUGUAUGGCCUCAGCACCGUCCAGACCAUGCACAUGAACCAGUGGACUACCCUGGGCUAUCCUCACCUUCACGGGAUCGCCAGGUCGACUUUCACCGAGAUGGCCGCCGCACAAGGCUUCGUGGACGGCAGGUUCCCGUUCCCGGCGCUGCCCUUCAGCGCUCACGUCUUCCACCCCAAACAAGGGAGCCUCGCCCACGUCCUGCCCGCGCUGCAAAAGGAGCGGCCCCGCUUUGACUUUGCCAAUCUGGCGCUGGCGGCCACGCAGGAGGAUCCGCCAAAGCCCGGAGACUUUCCAAAGCUCAGCGCCGGGGUCGGAGGCUCUCACGGGGAGGUUGGUAAAGUCACCCUGGACAGGAAACCUUCCAGGGGUAGGCUACCCUCCAAGACCAAAAAGGAAUUCAUCUGCAAGUUCUGCGGCAGGCAUUUUACAAAAUCCUACAACCUCCUCAUACAUGAGAGGACCCACACGGACGAGAGGCCCUACACGUGUGAUAUCUGCCACAAGGCCUUCAGAAGACAGGAUCAUCUGAGAGAUCACAGGUAUAUCCAUUCCAAAGAGAAACCUUUCAAGUGCCAGGAGUGUGGGAAAGGAUUCUGCCAGUCCAGGACUUUAGCUGUUCACAAAACGCUACAUAUGCAGGAAUCUCCUCACAAAUGUCCCACAUGCGGAAGAACGUUUAAUCAAAGAAGUAAUCUGAAAACUCACCUUCUUACCCAUACAGACAUCAAGCCCUACAAUUGCGAACAGUGUGGCAAAGUAUUCCGGCGUAACUGCGAUCUGCGACGGCACAGCCUAACUCACACUCCCCGGGCGGAAUAUUGAGCGAACCGACGGCCAAGCCACUCCGCGUUACUUGAAUUUGCUGUGAAUACUUGUAUAAAGUAAAUAAAUAUGCCCUCCCGCCCUCCCAAAAAGGAGGGAAAAACUGACAAUAGCCACAUCCAUAUAAUUCAAUAGUUUUCUACAUAUCCCUGUCCAAAUCAGAAUCUUCGUGUAUAUAAAAUUUUUUAUACUGCUCUAUGUCCAAUCCUCAAGUGGGAUAAAUUGAAAGCAUGUGAAUAAUGAUAAUAAAAUGCUUUUUAUCAUGUCA